GAGAAGGAUUUAUUUGUGUCCCUGCUCUGUGCAGAGCUGAGUGAGCCUGGGCAGGACAGAGCCGGGAAUUGAUGGCAGCUCCAGCCCCAGCACCGGAGGGUAUCGGUGCCGGUGUCGGUGUCGGUGCCGGUGCCGGGCGCUGCUCGCCGGGACAGGCGGUGGCGCUGGCGGUGGCGGCCGCGCUCUGGGGCGGCUCUGCCCCGUUCCUGCGGGCGGCGGCCGCGGGGAUGGAGCGGCGGCAGCAGCAGCGGGGCCGGGGCCGCCUGCGGCAGCUGCUGGGAGAGCUCCUCUUCCUCGGCCUCAACUGCAGGUACCUGGUGCCCUUCCUGCUCAACCAGGCUGGAUCCCUCCUCUUCUACCUCACCCUGCCCUCCACAGACCUGGCCCUGGCGGUGCCACUCUGCAACUCCCUGGCUUUGAUUGUGACCUUGGUGACAGGGAAAAUCCUGGGAGAGGACAUCGGGGGCAAAAGAGCCGUGGCAGGAAUGGUGCUCACCGUGCUGGGAGUGUCCCUGUGCGUGGCCGGGGCCUGAACGGGCAGCAGAGCGGCAGGAGCUGAGCAGAGGCACCUUCAUCAUCCUCCCUCAUCAUCCUCCCUCAUCCUCCUUCAUCAUCCUCCCUCAUCAUCCUCCCUCAUCAUCCUCCCUCAUCAUCCUCCCU